CUUCAUUCUCCAUUGUGAUUUUCGUGUUGCCGUCGGUCGUGAAUUCGAGACAUGUUCGCGGAGGCGAGACGGCGGAACGCGUCGACCCCCUUCUGGGACCGGCUCCGCUUCAUCUUGUUCAGGUUCGACCUCCUCUUCGCCAUCAACGACCUGCCGCUGGACGAUCGCCUCACCUUCUAUGCGCAUUUCACGCGUGCGCCUAGCAACCCUGUCUACUCUCCCGGGAGCAGCCGCUCUCUCCCAUCCUCUACUAUGGAUCCGUCAUCCGCGAGGGGUGGAAGGGAAGUGGAUGUUUUCGUCGAAAACGGGCAGCCCGACCAAGGUGAAAAGCUGCACAUCAGCAGCGAGUCGUGUGGCCCGUCCGAGAUAGGCGUCCGGGAAGAGAAGACGGCUGAGAGCCACCACACAAACUGGAGGAGGAAGAGCUUCAAGGUCCAGCAAAGAGGAAAGGGCACUCUUCUCAGCGGGCAGGGCCAGAAUGAGUGGCACUCGGCGAUCUGCCAACGGGUGCUGUAG